AAUUACAAUUUUGUUUGUAAAAGUACAGAUAUUGAUUAUAAAUUUUGCAUUUUCUUAUAACAAUUAAAGUUUCUGUUUAUAAAAAUAUAUUGUUUUGUGCUAUAAUAAGGAAAAGAAUAUAUUGUUGUAUUUUAGGUUUAUUUAUUGGUUGUAAUUAUUCCAUGUACCGACUGUCAUUACUCCUUACCCUGGAUAAUGGAAGACAAAGCUGUUUUUUUUUUAAUAAAAAAAACACAUAUUGAAUAAUUUUAAACAAUUCUUGUGAAUUCUAUCAAGAAAAUCAAUUAUUAUAGUUUAAGAAUCUCUUACGUUCAACCCUAAUCCACAUUACAAAUAAUUCAGUAUUCUACACAAGGAAUGUAGAACAUUUCAGUACUUUUAAAUGAUUAUUACGCGUAUUUUGUUAAACAUUUUGGCUCAAAUAAUUUUAUAACAUUCUUCAAACUUCUAAAAAUAAGGUCUAAAAGUUACUUUUGGAACAAUUAGAAAUUUAAAACAGUGAAAAUUAAUGAAUCUACAAAACUAGUCUAAAAUUGAAACCAAAAAUCAGUGAAGUUUAUUCUAUCCAACAGUAUAGGAUUAAAGUUAAAUAAAUAUAUAAGAAUUACAAUAUUUUUUUUGGCUUUAUUUUUAAGUGGCUCUCAUUUAACUCUUUUCCCUGUUACUUCCAUUUAUUACAGCACACCUAUGUACUUAAAAAAUUUAUCUUUUUAAUUUUCUUAAUUGUCUUGAAUUAUUAGAUAUUACCUGUCUUUGUUUUUGUAUAUACUUAUUUGUAGAUAGUAAGCUUAAUUAAUAAUAUUUUAAGUGCAUUCAAUUUAUUAAAAUUGCAUUACGUUGGCAUGCAAUCUAAUGUUAUAAAAUUGCAGAAGUAAUACGUUGCUUUUUAUUCUGUGUGAUACAUCAAAGAGGAUGUAUGUACAAUUCGCGGUAUUUUGUGUUUCCAGAAAGUUUUACUAUUUUCCUCUAAAAUAUUCGGUAUCGCGAACGUCAAUAUAAUCAAUAACUAUACCUUGUGAAACGCGCCAAUUAACAACAAAACCCGAAAAUGGAAAAGAACCACAUCCAAAUAAAAGACAACUUGCCUUCGAUAGAGCACAUUUUACGUCCAAUAACGUAUACCUCCUGGCUUCUGGGUGCCGGUGUUGCACAUCCGCGCAAAUAUCCAAAGAUUAUCUCGAUAAUUCUGUGUAUAAUUUACUUCGUCCUGUGUUUUAUUGUUAUGAUAUUCGAGAUUAAACAGACUUUUGACAUGUAUAACUUAAUCCAAAACAUAUACAGUAUUGUAUCCUUUAUUCAAAUGGGAAGUUAUGUACCUGCGUAUUAUUGCAUUUAUCAAGCGAUUGGGCAAUACGACAAAUGGCCGAAGCUAAUGGAUAAAAUAAAAGAGUUUGAUCAGAAGAUUAGAAGGGAAAUACUUAUAAAUGACAAGCCAGUGAAAAUUGCGGAAGUAUUAGCAAUUCUAGUGACGUUUACUUGUUGUCCUUUGUGCAUAAUUGUGGACAUCUUGUAUUUUCCAAAUACAAGUCUAAAUGAAAUUUUGUCUUUACUUGAUUACUAUAGGUUAAGCCAAACCCUCAUCAAUAGCUUCGUCUUUGACGUUGUUGUUUAUGUGCUGUAUCAUAGAUUACAAGCAAUAAAUAAAUUGAUUGGCCAAUUUAAUGAGUUCUCCGACGCGCUUAAGAUUAGACGCAUCCGAAAAAUGCAUAAUGGUAAGCUACUAUAAGUGGUUUUUUUUUUGUAAUUGUAACUCAAGUAUAAAUACAUGGUUCAAGAUAUAGUUUGAUACUACUUAUGAAAAGAUUGUAAUAAUAGUGAUAUCAAAACGUAAUCAAAUUAUAAAUUUUGUUAUGUAGAUAUUUGUGAUCUUCUCAUCAUGGUAAAUGACAUUUAUGGUUUUAAUCUGCUCUUCUGUGCGGUAAACUGUCUCAUUGGGGAUCUAAGUAACCUAUUAAUAAUCUACUUGGGAAUUAGGACAAAAAUAAAUUUCUUUAUGUGGACGCAUAUUACUUUUGUGAUUCUGUACACCACGCAAUUUGGUCUGAUGUGCUGGAAUUGCACGCUUGCGCGUCGAGAAUUCGACAAAACUGGGAUAAUCAUACAUGCAAUCGUACUGAAUUCUAAACAUAUGAAUUUUAAACUAAAAGGAAAGAGAAGUCAAUCGAAUCUAGAAAUGCGAACCUCAGUGGAAGAUCGAAACAGUUGGCAAAAUUCUAUUUGGGACAGCAGUCACUAUUGGAACAACAUCGUCGCAGAAAAUUUUUUGCAACGUCGUCGUGCAGAAAAUCUACGCAAAAACUUGAAUUAUCAACGUAUUAGGAAUGAGAUAAAUGAUUUUUUUAUUCAACUACAACAUCGUCGAAUAGUAUUUACAGCUUAUGAUUUCUUCGAUAUAAACAAUGUAGCGUUUAGUGGUGUAAGUACAUUAUUUAUUAAUUUUACUAAAAUUUACAUAAAAUUAGUUACUUUUGAAUUUGAAUAUAAAUAAUAGCUAUUACACAAAUAAAUUAAUUAAAUUAAACUUAUUUUUUAGUUCAUUGGCGCAAUCAUCGUUUAUAUGACAAUCUGUGUUCAAUUUUUUAACAGUUGGAUAAGUAAUCGCCAGCUCUUAUCAUUGAAAUAAUAACAGAAAGAAGUGUAUGUAAUCAUAUGUAAUCGCAUGUAGAUUUUUAAAUAAAUUUAAACAAUCAAUUCUUAAAGUACAGAUUUUAAGGCAUGUGUUCUAUUAAAAUGGUGUUUCAUUUCUUCGCCCUCGAUGCUGUUUUCGCGCUCUUCAUACUGCAUAAACAGAAUUAUGUGCUAUGUGUCAGCUUAUUACUACAUUUAUUACAGUAUCAAUAAGUAGUCGAAAAGGAAGAAGUAUUCAUAAAAAAGGGGCCAGUGGAAAACGGGGAAGCGAUUCCUGAUUAUUACAUCCUGUAUUAUUACUAUACACAUCCAGAGUACAUUUUCGCGUCCAUCUUGCUAUUUACUACAUAUUAAUUCAGUUGUUGAUCAAUACACACAGAAAAAUAUCAUUUUACACAUGCAAGAAAACUAUUUACUCAUUUUAUUUUAUUUUGUUCAAGUAAUAGUAUUUUUCAAUAAAGAAUGUUUUCUUAAUAUUAGUUUUAAGGUAUACUUGUCACAAGUAUUAGAAAAUCUCAGCAUUUUUUUACUUAAAAUAAGAAUUUAUUUUUGUUUGAAGAAAUUAAUUCUUGUUUCAAGAAUAUUAUAAAACUUGGUUGAUUGAAGAAUACUUUGUUGUACUCUACAAGUAAACCGAAUAUUUUUUGAAGUAAAUAUUCUUUUUUGAAGUAUUGUACUAAGAUUCUGAAUAUGUUUUAAAUAAAUGUCGUAUUUGUGGCAAGUUUACCGUAGAUUUGCGGAUGCAUUAUUUGGUGUGCCAUAAAUCUGUACAAAAUUAGAUGAAUCAGGGAACUUUAAAAUCGUAAGUGUUUUGUUUAAAAUCUUUAACAAAUAAUAUUAUUUUUAUCUAUAAGUACGUUGCAAUAAUAUUGAUAUCAUAUAAUAGAGAAGGUUGUAAUAUGGCCACCCAUUUAUAUUUUAUUUAAUAACUUUGUUAAUAAUCAAUGUUUUGAGUUGAAAUUUUAUAAUUGUAUUUAUCAAAGUGUUGCUCAUUAGAUUUUCAAUUUAAAGUUAUAAAAUAUUUAUUAUGUUAUAUAUUAUUUAUAUAUUAUUUAUACAAAUGUAAUGAUGCUGCAUAAUGGGCCGAAGAGAAAUAGGGAGGGUAAUAUGGCCACCACAAAAAUAAAUGUAAAAAAAUUGGUUUUGUUUAAAAAGGUCACAGUAUUUUGUUAGAAACAGGUAUGUAUAUAAAAUAAGUUGUUAUAUCAAAACAAGUGAUUUUUAUUCACAUUUAAUAAAAGUUAUAUAAAAAUAACCUUAUAUCUAAAGAACCUUAUUCAUAUAAAGAAUUUAGAAAAUUAACAGCCUUAAAUUAAGUUUUUAACCAAUAUAUCGAGGAAUUUUGUCGAUAUGGAGAUCACGAAAGUGGUCAUAUUACUAGCACAUUUAGAUGGCCAUAUUGACAACGUCCUAUAUCAUCGUUUAAUUUUGUAUAACUCGAAAUAUAUACUGCCGAAUAAAGAGUUAAAUAAUAAGAAAGUACUCAAGUGUACAUACAUUUGGGUGAUAAUGCGGGUAAGUUUAAAAAGAAUAAAGAAGUAUGUGUAAUUAAAUGUUAAAAUGUACCUCAAAAAAUUUUCGAAAUUCUUAAAAGUUAAAAUGCCUUAUAACAAAUGUUCACUGUUGUGUUUUGUCAUAUUAGCAUCAUUAUAUAACAGUAGGCUACUAAACAAAUGAUAUCAUAAAUAAUUACUAGAAUCCAUCAACUAAUAACGGAGAUAAUGUGGAUGGCCAUAUUAUCCGCACUGGCCAUAUUACCACCUUCUCCUCUAUAUAUUAAAAUUGUGAACUGUGUUAUAUACAUUUGUGAUCUCGUUAUUUGUGCUAAACAAUAUUUAUUUUUUUAAUCUUUUCAAUUUUUUUAUUUUCUUCUUUGUUCAAUGAAAUCAUUUUAUCAUAGUGAUGAAAACCCUAUUCAGAAUUUACAGUAGAAAAAAUUUUAUGUUUACAUCGGUAUAUAGUAUUCUUGUGUUCUUUAUGUUACACACGGAGAGAAUUUUCUCUUAAAAUUUAUCUUUAAGAUCUAAUUGUGGAAGAAUGUGUAAUCUCAAGGAAUUUUGCUAUACUCUUUAGUAAAAUUUAUUAUAAAUAUAAUAAAAUUUACUAAAAGUAUAAUUAAAUUUACUAAAAGUAUGGUAAAUUUUACUAAAAAGUAUAGUAAAAUUCCUCGACAUCACACAUUAUCCCACAACUACCAGAUUUGAAGAUAAAUUUUAAGAGAAAAUUUUCUACGUGCACAGUUCAGUUUUUUGAUGUGCUGGAUUUGUAUGCUUAUACAAAAAGAUUCUGAAAAAAUUAGAACAAUUAUUAGUCAUUUCAACUGAAUUGCGAAAACCUGGACUCGAAAACUGAGGCUAUGUCAGAAAUGACGACAGUUUUUUAUUCAAUUACAGCAUUGAAAAGUAUUUACGGCUCACAAUUUCUUCGAAAUGAAAAAUAUCCUUCUCAGUGAUGUGAGUACAUUAUUUAUCUACUUUAUAGAGCAAUUUAUAGAGAGCUAUUCUUGAAUUGUAAUGUAAUAUCUUUGGGGGGAAAAAUUAAAUAAGGUAAAUUUAUUUUUCAGUUAAUGUAGGCCCUACAUUGUAGGGGAUCACGGGGUGAUAGAAGCCAUGAGAUAAUGGGAAUUUUGUAGUUAUACGCAUAUCCGAGUGAGUUUGCGCGCGUUUUGUUCAGUGCUGGAGAGACAUGAGAAAGAGAUGGCUAAUGCGUUGCAUCGCUCAAUUGUCAUUUGACUCCAAAAAGACUAAGACUAGUUUUUGUGCUCUGCCACUUUAAUUUUCGUGGAUUUUUACUGAUAAAAUAUGAGUAAGGACACAUAUUACCACACUUUGUUACUCAUUAUUAUUAGAUUGCACUUCGGUAUAUAUAUGUAAACAACUAUUUGUCUUGAAACGAUUACCCGUUUUUAAUUGUUUCAAUAAAUUCAAUUAAAAAUAGUUUGUUCGAGGUAAUGAUAAUUAGACAACCCAUGUCGACCUUUUAUAAUGUUCUUUUCUAUUAUGACUUUUUUAAUUUUUUGUUAAAGAUAGGAAACAAAUUUAAAAUAAGAAAAAAAUAUAAAUGUAAAAAUCUAUCUACCUAGAGAUAAAUUCAGUUUUUAAAAUAAAAAAAAAUAUUAGAUAAAACAAAAAUAAUGAUAAUGGUAAUGAAAAUAUUUAUAUCUUUGGUGCUGAAACAGCGAAAUCAAAUGAAUUAUGAUAUGAUGCAGAUCCUGUGGCAUUGGGUUUACGCAAAAUGCUCUGGAUGCAAUUCAUAAUAUAUGUACAACUUUUGUCAUCAGUAUUAAAAUGGCUGACUUUUUUGAAAGUUUACAUGUUUUUUAUAAUAAUUAAAGUUUUUGUCAAUAAAAGUAUAUUGUUUUGUGCCGCAAAAUGGGUAAAUUUUUAGAUUUUGCAUUUUUCUACAAUAAUUACAAUUUUGUUUGUAAAAGUACAUAUAUUAAUUUUAAAUUUUGCAUUUUCUUAUAACAAUUAAAGUUUUUGUUUAUAAAAAUAUAUUGUUUUGUGCUAUAAUAAGGAAAAGAAUAUAUUGUUGUAUUUUAGGUUUAUUUAGUGAUGGUUGUAAUUACCCCGUGUACUGACUGUCAUUAUCCCGUACGCUGAAUAAUGGAAGCCAAAUCUCUUUUCUUUUUAACAAAAAAAAAACAAAAAAAAACAUAUUGAAUAAUUUUUAACAAUUCUUGUGAAUUCUAUCAAGAAGAACAAUUAUAUUAUAGUUUAAGAAUCCCUUAUGUUUAACCCUAAUCCACAUUAGAAAUAAUUCAGUAUUCCGCACAAGGGUUGUAAUACGUCGCAGUCUUUUUAAAUGAAUAUUACUCGUAUAUUAUUAAACAUUUUGGCUCAAAAAAAUUUUAUAAUAUUCUUUAAACUUUUAAAAAUAAAGUCCAAAAGUUACUUUUAGGGCAAUUUAAAAUUUAAAACAGUGAAAAUUAAUAAAUCUACAAAACUAGUCUAAAACUGAAGCCAAAAAUCAGUGGGGUUUAUUCUAUCCCACAGUAUGGGAUUAGAAUUAAAUAAAUAUAUAAAAAUUAUUUUUUUUUUGGCUUUAUCCUUAAGUGGCUUCUAUUCAAUCCUUUCCUCUAUUACUUCCAUUUAUUACAGCACACCUGCGUACUUAAAAAAUUUAUCUUUUUAAUUUUUUUAAUUGUCUUGAAUUAUUAGAUAUUAUCUGUCCUUGUUUUUGUAUAAGUUUAUUUGUAGAUAGUAAGCUUAAUAAUUUUUUAAAUGCAUUUAAUUUAUUAAAAUGACAUUACGCUGGCAUGCAAUCUAAUGUUAUAAAAUUGCAGAAGUAAUACGUUGGUUUCUAUUCUGCGUGAUACAUCAAGGAGGAUGUAUGUACAAUUCGCAGUAUUUUGUGUUUCCAGAAAGCUUCACUAUUUUCCUCUAAAAUAUUCUGUAUAGCGAACAUCAAUAUAAUCAAUAACUAUAUCUUGUGAAACGCGCCAAUUAACAACAAAACCCGAAAAUGGAGAAAAACCACAUCCAAAUGAAGGACAACUUGCCUUCGAUAGAGCACAUUUUACGUCCAAUAACGUAUACCUCCUGGCUUCUGGGUGCCGGUGUUGCACAUCCGCGCAAAUAUCCAAAGAUUAUCUCGAUAAUUCUGUGUAUAAUUUUUUUUGUCUUGUGUUUUAUUGCCAUGAUAUUCGAGAUGAUUGAGCUUCUUAACAUAUAUAACGUCAUCCAAAACAUAUACAGUAUUUUAAUUUUUAUUCAAAUGGGAAGUUAUGUACUUGCGUAUUAUUGCAUUUAUCAAGUGAUUGGGCAAUACGACAAAUGGCCGAAGCUAAUGGAUAAAAUAAAAGAGUUUGAUCAGAAGAUUAGAAGAGAAAUACCUAUAAAUGACGGGCCAAUAAAAAUCGCAGAAACGCUAGCGAUUCUGGUGACGUUUAUUUGUUGUCCUUUGUGCAUAAUUGUGGACAUCUUGUAUGAUUAUUUUAGAAAUCCAAAUCUAAUCAAAAUUUCGUUAUUAAUUGAUUUCUAUAAGUUAGGCCAAUCCCUCAUCAACAGCUUCGUUUUUGACGUUGUUGUUUAUGUGCUGUAUUAUAGAUUACAAGCGAUAAAUAACUUGAUUGGCCAAUUGAAUGAGUUAUCCGACGCGCUUAAAAUUAGACGCAUCCGAGAAAUGCAUAAUGGUAUUUGUGAUCUUUUCAUCAUGGUAAAUGACAUUUAUGGUUUUAAUCUACUCCUCUGUUCGAUAAACUGUCUCAUUGGGGCUCUAAUAAAUCUAUCAGCAAUCUAUUUGGAAAUUAGGAUAGAAAUGAACCUCUUUAUGUGGAUGCAUAUUACUUUUUUGAUUCUGUACACCACGCAAUUUGGUCUGAUGUGCUGGAAUUGCACGCUUGCGCGUCGAGAAUUUGACAAGACUGGGAUAAUCAUACAUGCAAUUCUACUGAAUUCCAAACAUAUGAAUCUUAAACUAAAAGAAAAGAGAAGUCAAUCAAAUCUAGAAAUGCAAACUUCAGUGGUAGAUCGGAACAAUUGGCAAAAUUCUAUUUGGGACAGCAGUCACUAUUGGAACGACAUCGUCGCAGAAAAUUUUUUGCAACGUUGUCGUGCAGAAAAUCUACGCAAAAACUUGAAUUAUCAACGUAUUAGGAAUGAGAUAAAUGAUUUUUUGAUUCAACUACAACAUCGUCGAAUAGUAUUUACGGCCUAUGAUUUCUUCGAAAUAAACAAUGGAGCGUUUUGUGGUUUCUUUGGCGUAAUCAUCGUUUAUAUGACAACCGGUAUUCAAUUUUUUAAUAGUUGGACAAUUAAUAGCGAACUUGGUCGCCAAGUUUAUUCACGGUGGAAAGAAUAACAGGAAGGAGUGUUAGAGCGAGAGGAAUAUUGCAAACUGCGAGAGACGAAGAAAGAACCUGAUUGGCUGCCCUAUUCUGAAACCCUGUGACAUCAAACACAUGUUCUAAGGCUCUAACGAUAAUCGUAUUGUAUAUAUUCACAUUUAAAAUAACACAUAUACAUACACACAUACACACAAUAUACUAAUUAAUGAGAGUAUUUUUUUCUUAAUCAAAAUUACUAAGAAAUAAUACAUAGUUACAUACACUAAAAACAUACCCCAAUAAAACAGUGUGUAAAAUCCACGUUGUUUUCACGUGGAAUCCAUUUUUCUAUGGAUUCUACGUGGAUUCGACGUAGAUUUUAUGUACUGUUUUAUUGGUAUAGUAUAUAUCCAUACAUAAAUUCUGCAAAAGAAUUACCUAGAAUAAAAAUUUUUCUAG